UGUUUCCCGGUUUCAAUAUGUGGAAGCGUCAGCAGUUUCUGUAUUUUAAAGUUUUUUUUGUAAUUUGGCAGAUGUGCAACCAAUCACGUGUUGUGUUUAUGUAGAUAACAACAUCAUGUGAUUUGAAACAACCCUCUUAUGAUGACUAAAUAAGGGACAGUAGCAGCACAAUGUAUCAGUGGAGUGUCCCCCUUUAUUUACUCUUGAUUGGCAGCUCUGUUGGUCAAUAUGAGCCUACGUGGGAAUCCAUUGAUUCGAGACCUCUACCGGAAUGGUUCGAUCAAGCCAAAUUCGGCAUAUUCAUUCACUGGGGAGUGUUUUCAGUUCCCAGCUAUGGCAGUGAAUGGUUCUGGUGGUAUUGGCAGGGCCAGAAACUCCCGUCUUAUGUGAAGUUUAUGGAGCAGAAUUACCCACCUGGCUUCACCUACGCAAAAUUUGCUCCUCAGUUCCGGGCUGAAUUCUUUGAUCCUAAAGAGUGGGUUGACAUUUUUGCCUCGUCUGGAGCCAAAUAUAUUGUCCUCACAACCAAACAUCAUGAAGGGUUUACACUAUGGGGCUCGAAGUACUCGUGGAUGUGGAACGCAGUGGAUGUCGGGCCGAAGCGGGAUCUGGUGGAUGAGAUCGCCACCGCUCUGCGGGCACACAGUGAUUUGCGUCUGGGUCUCUACCACUCUUUAUUUGAGUGGUUUAACCCUCUGUACAAAGCUGAUGCUGACAAGUCCUUCAAUACCAGUGUGUUUCCUACCACAAAGACCCUGCCCGAACUGUUCGAGAUCGUCAACAAGUACAAACCUGAGGUGCUGUGGUCUGAUGGUGACGGAGAUGCGCCCGACUCUUACUGGAACAGCACAGGGUUCCUCGCCUGGCUUUAUAAUGAGAGCCCUGUGCGUGACACUGUUGUGACCAAUGACCGCUGGGGAUGUGGCACUAUAUGUAAGCAUGGCGGAUAUUACACCUGCUCAGAUCGCUACAACCCCGGACACCUGCUGAAACACAAGUGGGAGAACUGCAUGACCAUUGACAAGAAGUCAUGGGGGUACAGGAGAGACACCAACUUCAGCGACUUCCUCACCAUUGAGCAGCUGAUAGCAUCUCUUGUUGAGACCGUGUCCUGCGGGGGGAAUUUGCUGUUGAACGUGGGUGCCACACACGACGGCCACAUCGUGCCCAUCUUUGAGGAGCGUCUGCGACAGAUGGGCAAGUGGCUCAAGGUCAACGGAGAGGCCAUUUACAACAGCAGCGCAUGGAGAGUUCAGAACGACACUGUCACUCCUGGAGUUUGGUAUACGUGGAAUCAGAAGAACGCAAUCUAUGCUAUUUUCCUUUCAUGGCCCGCUGAUGGCUAUAUUGUUCUGAGCGACCCAGUUGUAUCAUCGUCUAAGACGCAGGUGGUGAUGCUUGGAUAUCAGUCCCUCUCGUGGGAGUCCAUGAAACCCACUGGUCUAAAGGUUCGUCUGCCCCAGCUGGCCCCCGGUCAGAUGCCCUGCUCCUGGGCUUGGACCCUGCGACUGACUGGUGCGGUGUAGCCAGAGGAUGGCGCCACA